UUGCGUACGGUUGGUGACGUAUGACAGUGGAGCAUUCACCGAACGCACGAUUUCGUUAUAUUAUCCGCAUCUACAAUAAGUGGAAAUGUCGGGGUAACUGUAAACAUCCUUCAUAAGAGCUAUGGCGCGCAUUGUGUUGGCGGGAGGAGCAUUGCUCUACGUCCUAACUAUAGCGCUUGAGACGAGCGCACUUAUCCUCUUGCCUCACGACGUCCGCCCUGGCCACGCCGUCCGCCAUUUCGUCGGCAAUCAUUCAAGGUACACGCUACUCGACCCUGAAUAUGCCCCGUUCUUCACACUUCUGGACGAUGGACUUCUUAUGACAACCGCUGAUCUUGCACCGCUGCUAAACCAACCUCUCAAUCUGGCCAUAUUGGAGCAAACACCAUUUAGCAGUUCGGCUCAUUCCGUACAUCUUUUAGUUAUAGAUCGCCGGAACAUACUUCAUUUUGUCGAAACAAAUGGCUUAAAUGGGGAGAUUUCCGAAAAUGCUCCUGCCGGGACCGCUGUGGAAUUUCCACCUAUAAGAGCGAAUGCACUUGUCAAUGUUGGUCUUAUAGCUUAUAAGAUUGUUAAAGGCAAUGAUGAAUCUGUUUUUGCUCUUCGGGAUAAAGAUCAAAAAAGCAACUCUGAGGUCAGAUCAGUUAUAACGGAUGGUGACGUGGAAAUAAUUGCUAUGAAACCUUUGGAUGCUGAAUCUAAGAAUAUUUACGAUUUAGUUAUUCAGGCAACCGAUUUACAUGGUGCAAGUAAGGCGAGCCUUCCAGUUAGAAUUACUGUCACUAAUGAGAAUGACCAUGAACCUAUGUUUGAACAGGAAAUAUAUUAUUUUACUGUCAACGGGUCUUGUGACAAUAACUGUCGAAAUGGUACUGCGCAUUGGCAAAGGUUUUCAAAUAUUGGUAAAGUGCAUGCAUUUGAUGCUGAUGGAGAUCGCAUAUACUAUUCCAUCAAAACUCCAACCAACCUUGCUGUAAUAGUACCACAAACAGGAGAACUCAUACUUGCUGGUGAACCAGAUAAUCAUGAAGUAGAAUUACAAGUAUUGGCUCACGAUACCGGAACCCCUCCGCGAAAAAGUCGCCUUGCUCAAGUCUUCAUCGAAUUUAUUAUCCGUGAACCAAAACAGUUACCAAUUCUUCAUCGUGAAAAGCGUCGAGUAACGCGUGCUGUUCGGCCUACAAAACGCAUUGAAUUUACUGAGGCUGAUGGUGAAGUCGAAGGACGUGCUGUGUUUACACUCGAAAAAGAGACUGAUCGGGAAACUUUUAAGAUUCGCGACGAAAAUCCGUGGGUUACAGUUGAACCAAGUGGUGUGGUGAAAGUUAAAAAGAAGUGGGACUAUGAGGAGUUAGGGCCUGAGAAGACUAUUGACUUCUGGGUUACUAUUACCAACGCUGGAAACGGAGUGGCGCUGAAAUAUACCGACAACCAACGAGUGAUCAUCCACGUUAAGGAUGUGAACGACGAACCUCCGUACUUCAUCAACCGACCUCUGCCGAUGCAAACAGUAGUACAACUAAACGCUGCACCGAAUACCCCAGUGUUCACCCUCCAAGCCAGAGAUCCAGAUACAGAUCACAAUAUACACUACUUCAUUGUGAGAGACAGGACAGGCGGAAGAUUCGAGGUGGACGAGCGAUCGGGCGUUGUUCGCACGAGGGGAACUGAUCCUUUUCAACUGGACAUGGAAUACGUGCUCUACGUCAAGGCUGAAGACCAGAGUGGUCGUGUAGAUGAGAGAAGAUUCCAGUCGACACCCGAAGAGAGACUUAGCAUAGUUGGCGGAAAACGAGCUCCGCAGUUCUACCUGCCUAGCUAUGAGGCGGAGAUUGCUGAAAAUCAAAAGAAAGAUUCAGACAUAAUUUCCGUGAAAGCGAAAUCAUUUGCUGACCGCGAGAUCCGGUACACUCUGAAGGCGCAGGGUCAAGGAGCUGGCACCUUUAACAUUGGACCCACAUCUGGAAUUGUGAAAUUGGCAAAGGAGCUAGAUUUUGAAGAUCUGCGGCAACCCCAUGUUUACUCCUUGGUAGUAACAGCUACUGAGGAUUCUGGAGGAUUCUCCACAUCUGUUGAACUGACCAUUCGGGUGACGGACGUGAACGAUAACGCGCCGAAAUUUGAGCUGCCUGACUACCAAGCUCAUAAUGUCGACGAGGAUAUACCGCUGGGCACAAGUAUUCUUAAGGUGAAGGCGAUGGACGCAGACUCCGGGAAAAAUGCUGAAAUAGAAUAUCUAGUUUCAGAUGAUCACUUCAGCGUGGACUCCAACGGCAUCAUUACUAAUAAUAAGCAAUUAGAUGCUGACAACAAUAACGCUUACUACGAAUUUGUUGUUACUGCUAAGGACAAGGGCGAACCAGCUAAAACAGGAACGGCUACAGUAAGAGUAUACACUAAAAAUAAGAACGAUGAAGAACCAAAAUUCUCUCAGCAAGUGUAUACACCGAACGUUGAUGAAAAUGCUGGGCCAAACACAUUAGUUACUACGGUAGUUGCGUCGGACAAAGAUGGUGACAACGUUCGCUUCGGUUUUGUGGGGGGAGGUACAAGUUCAGGACAGUUCGUUAUCGAAGAAAUAACCGGUGUCAUUCGAUUGCACAAUAAAGCAAUAUCACUAGAUAGAGAUAAAUAUGAACUUAAUGUAACUGCGAUGGAUGAUGGCGCGUGUUGCGUUAACGGAGAUGCCACUAUACACACUUCUACAGCUGUUGUAGUUGUAUUUAUUACUGACGUUAAUGAUAAUAAACCAAUAUUCAAAGACUGUCCUACAUAUUUCCCAAAAGUUGAAGAAGGAGCUCCAAAUGGUAGUCCUGUUAUAAAAGUGCACGCAACAGAUGAAGAUAAAGGUGUAAACGGGCAAGUCAAAUAUUCCAUUGUACAACAGCCUAAUCAGAAAGGUACGAAGUUUACAGUAGAUGAAGAGACAGGGGAAGUAUCGACUAACAAAGUAUUCGACAGAGAAGGUGAUGAUGGAAAAUUUGUGUCGGUAACUGUAAAAGCAACCGAUCAAGGGGAGCCAUCGUUAGAGGGAGUAUGUUCGUUUACAGUUGAAAUCACCGAUGUAAAUGAUAACCCCCCACUAUUCGAUAGACAAAAAUAUGUGGAGAAUGUUAAACAAGAUGCCAGUAUAGGCACAAACAUAUUAAGAGUGUCGGCAUCUGACGAAGAUGCCGAUAAUAACGGGGCUAUAGUGUAUACAUUAAGUGCCCCCUACAAUCCGGCCGACAUAGAAUACUUUGAGAUCCAACCAGAAUCAGGCUGGAUCGUUUUAAAGAAACCUCUAGACCGAGAAACGUACAAGUUGGAGGCUAUGGCUCAAGACAAGGGCUUCCCGCCCUUGUCCCGAACCGUGGAGGUCCAGAUAGACGUAGUGGAUCGCGCGAACAAUCCCCCCGUUUGGGACCACACGGUGUACGGCCCGAUCUACAUUCGAGAGAAUUUGCCCGUGGGUGCCAAAGUGGUGUCCGUUAAAGCAAGCUCCGGAAUUGAAAACAAUCCGACCGUAUUUUAUCGGUUGAUGCCCGGUUCGACGGCUCAAACGAACAAGUUUCACACUUUCUAUUUGCAACAAAGAGCUGACAACGGAUUUACUUGGGCCGACAUAAAAGUCAAUCAUCCGCUAGAUUAUGAAAGCAUUAAGGAAUAUAAUCUUACAAUUCGAGUAGAGAACAACGGAGCUCAACAAUUGGCCUCAGAAGCAACAGUCUUUAUCAUGUUGGAAGAUGUGAAUGAUGAGAUACCACUCUUCACUGAACGAGAACAAGAAACCGUGCUUGAAGGAGAACCCAUCGGAACCAAGGUGACGCAGGUCAACGCUAUCGACAAGGAUGGGACAUUCCCUAAUAAUCAAGUGUAUUACUACAUCGUGGAUUCGCCGCGGAACGAGGGCAAGGACUUCUUCGAGAUCAGUAUGCAGACGGGCGAGAUCUUCACGAAGGUGGUGUUCGAUCGUGAGAAGCAAGGAGCCUACGCGUUGGAGGUGGAAGCCAGGGAUGGAGCACCGUCGGCGCGGCCGAACUCCGACAACCAACCCAACUCAGGCUUAGAUGUGGUGCGUCAGGCGUCAUUGCGCGUGAAGGCGGGCGGCUGUCGCUUGGGCGGGGAGGGCGGCCAGUGGCACGCCGGCCUGCAGCGCGAAUACGCGUGCCGAACCGCACCAAUUGUGAACUAUUCAAUACAUUUGGCGUUAACGACCGACAAUCCAAUCCCAAUUUGGAUACACAAAUACAACGGCAAGGACGAGCUCCCUGAUUUCUAA